GCAAAAACCUCAAAGAAAAUCACCAAAGAAAACAGAACAAGGGUGAAGACAAACGCACCUGCAAGCUGCCCAUAGUCCCACACAAUUAGUUGUCAUUUCCACAAAGCAUCAAUUCCACCCAAAUCCAUGAAAAUUCUCCUCAUUCAGCUCUAAAAUCAAUGGCCACUACUGUAACUCCUGAACAUGGAAGACACAGGAAACCAAGAAUCAAAUCACACUCUGCAACCCCUAAUUCAACUCAUGUUACUGAAUCCAGGGAACGUCUUCCUCCCAGGAAAAACCUGUUUGGAUUUUUGAGUCUGGGAUGUGGUCGGUGUUCCUCACCGGCGGUGGCUGUGCAUCCUCCAGGGCGAAUCCUGCCGGAAAAUACGAGAAGGAGGAGGAGGAGGAAGAAGAAACAGAGAAGAAACGGUGGAUCACGCCAGGAAAAUAUGGUGGUUAUUGUUCCGGAUGUUUGCUGUACUCCUCCCGGGAUUGGAUUUACAUAUGAUGUUGCACAGAGUACAAGUGCUGAUGCGCAUAGACGAAAUCACCGACAGCGUUCUCGUGCCACAAGGCAAGCGGCGGAUCUUCAGCCGCCAUGGAGCACUACAGAAGUCGAUGCUACAGCUUUCAUAAGAUCAAAUGUAUCUGAUUCGAGGCAAUAUACUCGUCUCCAACGUCGUUCUCCUGGGGGAAUAUCUGAGAUUGUGAUGUUGGAACUUAAUCCAUUGUUGGAUGGGAGAUUAGAAGGAAGCGAUCGGUUUGGAGCAUGGAGGAUCAACGCAGAUAUCAUGUCAUACGAGGAAUUGGUGGAAUUGAGUGACAGAAUCGGGUACGUUGGUGGUGGUUUGCAAGAAGAAGAAAUACUCGACUGUUUAAGAAGACCUAAGAAAUCCUUCCUUAAGUCCUUUGACUUUAAUUCCAAAGUCAAAGACUCUAAAUGUAGCAUAUGUCAAGAGGAGUGUAAAGGAGAUGAAGAUUUGGGAAAACUUGAAUGCGGGCAUUACCAUCACGUAGAUUGCAUAAAACAAUGGCUACUCUACAAAAACGAAUGUCCAAUCUGCAAAACCGUGGCUAAACCCGAUAAAUGACUGCGAUAUGUCAUAUUCGCCAUAAUUUACUAAGUUUUUGUGAUGUUGGUUUUGAUAUAUUUUUUUUGGAUUUUAUUUAGGCUAAGUACAUGUAUACAAGUAUACAACUAGCUAAGAUUAAGCCCUUUUGUGUUUUUAGUUAUUUAUUUUUUUUAUCGAUGUUGGUUUUUGUUUAUAAUAAUAG